CUUCCUCACUACAUCUCCCUCACUACAUCUCCCUCGCUUCACCUGCAGACACAUCUCACACAGGGGCGGUGAGAUUCUUCCUCACUACAUCUCCCUCACUACAUCUCCCUCGCUUCACCUGCAGACACAUCUCACACAGGGGCGGUGAGAUUCUUCCUCACUACAUCUCCCUCACUACAUCUCCCUCGCUUCACCUGCAGACACAUCUCACACAGGGGCGGUGAGAUUCUUCCUCACUACAUCUCCCUCACUACAUCUCCCUCGCUUCACCUGCAGACACAUCUCACACAGGGGCGGUGAGAUUCUUCCUCACUACAUCUCCCUCACUACAUCUCCCUCGCUUCACCUGCAGACACAUCUCACACAGGGGCGGUGAGAUUCUUCCUCACUACAUCUCCCUCACUACAUCUCCCUCGCUUCACCUGCAGACACAUCUCACACAGGGGCGGUGAGAUUCUUCCUCACUACAUCUCCCUCACUACAUCUCCCUCGCUUCACCUGCAGACACAUCUCACACAGGGGCGGUGAGAUUCUUCCUCACUACAUCUCCCUCACUACAUCUCCCUCGCUUCACCUGCAGACACAUCUCACACAGGGGCGGUGAGAUUCUUCCUCACUACAUCUCCCUCACUACAUCUCCCUCGCUUCACCUGCAGACACAUCUCACACAGGGGCGGUGAGAUUCUUCCUCACUACAUCUCCCUCACUACAUCUCCCUCGCUUCACCUGCAGACACAUCUCACACAGGGGCGGUGAGAUACUUCCUCACUACAUCUCCCUCACUACAUCUCCCUCGCUUCACCUGCAGACACAUCUCACACAGGGGCGGAGCCGGAGAGAAUUUAGAAAACACCAUGACAGCGUUCAAGCACGCGGUGGCGCUGGGCACGGACAUGCUGGAGCUCGACUGUCACCUGACCCGGGACGACGAGGUGGUGGUCGUCCACGACCAGCGCCUCAAGCGUCUCUGCGGUUUGGACGCCAAAAUCUCCGACCUCCGUUACGCCGACCUGCCUUGCUACCACUCCAGCCUUGACGUCACCUUCCAACCAAAGUGCUGCUGCGUGGGGACAGGAGACACGCGCAUCCCGCGCCUUCGGGAGGUGUUUGAGGCCUUUCCCGACACCGUCAUCAACGUGGACAUUAAAGUGGAUGACGACAAACUCAUAGACAAGGUGUCGGAGCUGAUCAGGACGCACAGUCGCGAGUCCCUCACCGUGUGGGGCAACGCGAGCGACGUCGUCAUCAGGAAGUGCCACAAAGCGAACCCGGACGUGGGCAUCCUCUUCAGCAUGAAGCGCGUGGUCGUGCUGCUGCUGCUCUUCUACACGGGGCUGCUGCCCUUUGUGCCGCUGUCCGAGGGCUUCCUGGAGAUCCCCAUGCCCUCCAUGGUGCUCAGAAUUGCCGACGAAAAGUCGACGUCCAAACUCUACCGCUGGGUGCUGAGGCUCGCGGACCGGAUACUGAUGAGCAAGACUCUGUUCAAACACCUGGAGCGCAGGGGUAUACAGGUGUACCUCUGGGUCCUCAACGACGACGAGGACAUUGAGCGAGCAUUCCGCCUGGGCGCCACGGGGGUCAUGACGGACUUCCCCACCAAACUCAAGCACUUCCUGGAGCAGCAUCCCGAGUACUGCAAGUGAUUAAGUGGGGGCGAGGGGGGGGCAGCCUCGCGCCCUCCCUGCCCCCCCCGCCUUCCCGCAACACCCGGUUGGACCCCCAGCUCCACAGGUUGACCGGUGUCAAAAGGGGGAGGGGGUAGGUGGCAGGGGGGUGGGGGGUGGUUAUUACAUAGUAGGGCUUAAUUCAUGUUCUUGUUGUUGUUCCUGUUCACUGAAUAAUGUUCUCGGUUGCUUGGUUAAGAUUGGAGUGGGUGACACGUGACUGCCAGGAGCCACGGCCGCAGUGAGUCGUCGUAAUGGUCAAUGUGGUGUGCCGGGUGCAGAAAUAUUUUUUCCCGGGUCUCUGGCCUCACGGAGAGAUAUUGUAGGCUUGCCGUAGACCGACAUAGAGACACACAGACUCAUUGAGACCCAUAAACACACGUAUAAGAGACCCCCUUGUGUGCUUCCUCAGAGGCCCACAGUCUCACGCAGAGCUUAAUUUCUCACUCGAUAUUUUUUGUGUCGCUGGUAGACCGGUGGAGGUGGUGGCAACGUGACUCAUAGUAACCACAGCCAUAGCAAGAGGUGUUUUGGAUGUGGCGUGCUGGGAUGUAGAAAUACCUUCCGGCUCGCCGACCCAAACAGACCCAGCUGAUAUCCCUCCGAUGCGUUUUCCGGAUCGAUCCGCGCGUCGUUCUGCACGAUGUCCAACAUUGCGUUCCACGCGGAACGGAACGUCGGACAGCGCACAGUGCGCCGAACAAAACGCGGAACAAAUUUUGAUUUAAAGCUUUCGUGACUGCAGUAAUUCAUAUUCUUAGCUCUUUCGGUAAAGUCACGUUGAAGGGAAACAAUAAAAUAAUAAAAUAUAUAUAAAACAAUAAAAAAUUCUCACGACGUUUCAACGUGACUUUACCGAAAGAGCUAAGAAUAUAAAACGCGGAACAACCCGGAGAACACGUCAGAGAGCCUGUAGACCCAGGUGAAACUAAGCAAGACCCAGGUGAAACUAAGCCCAGGUGCCCGAGCGUCCGUGACCGCUGGUGUUCCGGUGGCCCAUGCUGCUCUCCCGUCGCGGCCGUCCGUCGUGACGUUUGCACCGUGUGUUGCUUCACGCUCGUUAUUUAUUCGUGCGUCCAGCUCGUUAGCACUGCGUUUGUCUCGGCCGUGGGUCCGAACCGCCUUUUUUUUGUAACCGUGGGUGGCGCUGGGCAUUUAACGAGUCCUUAAUCAAAACCUGAUGAGUUGUUAUGAGUCGGUUGUUGCUUCCGAUUGACCUUUCCUGCCUCGUUUUCACCUGUCUUGUUUGUAUUGUCAUGGGACCUCCUUUGCCAGUACCAAAAUAUAAGAAUAGGUUUUCCCCUUUUUUCUGGCAACAAAACAGGUGUUAAGAUGGUAAAAC